CCUUAACUUUUGUGUAGAGCUGUUAUAUUCUUGUUAAUAGCUAAAACAGUGACAUUUAGCAAAGAGUAUUAGUUUUGGAAGCCAAGUUUUUAUGUGACAGUUUUAGUCAUAAAGUCGUCUUGCUGAUAUUUACCUCUUCUAGGUUUUAUUAAUCUCAUCUUUGUUAUUGUGUUCAAAGAGAAAAAUGAAGUUUAUGUUAAGCUAAAAUACCUAAAUGAAAUUAUAUUUACAUACAUGUAUGUCAUUUCUUGUAAUAUUGGCUAGUCAUAAAUAUUUGUGCCAUGCUAAAAGAAUUUUCAAUCUUCCAGUUCAGAACGGCUUAGACCUUGCAUGCAAUGGGUUAAAUGCUUGGACAUAUUUCCACCGAGAUGCACUUAUGAAAUGUUUGGGAGUCUGCAGAACAUAUUCUGUUACCUGAAAACGUCAUUAUAGUCACAAAUAUGCCAUUAAUGACAAUUUUAGCAAACUGCUGUAAGAGCAGUGAUGAAAUUGAGGCAGAGAAAAUUAAUGGGCAGAUUGAGCGUGAAUUGAGACGCCAUAAAAAAGAUGCACGAAGAGAAUUAAAAUUGUUGCUUUUGGGCACUGGAGAGAGUGGAAAAAGUACAUUCAUAAAGCAAAUGAGAAUCAUUCAUGGUGCUGGUUACAGUGAUGAAGACAAACGGAGCUUCAUCAAACUUGUCUACCAAAACAUUGUUACUUCAAUACAAAAUAUGUCAGCUGCCAUGCAAACACUUAAUCUUGAAUAUGAAAUAGAAGAAAAUAAUGAACACGCAGAGGAAAUUCGAGAGGUGCAGGUAGACAAAAUUAGUAGUUAUGAUGAUUUCAUUACCAAUAUUUCCUAUAUUGAGUGUCUUUGGAAAGACACUGGUAUACAAAAAUGUUAUGACAGGAGAAGAGAGUACCAGUUGUCUGACUCAACGUAUUACUACCUUUCUGAUUUGGACCGUAUAAAAAAGCCUGACUUUUUACCCACCCAGCAAGAUAUCUUGCGUGUCCGAAUCCCUACGACGGGAAUUAUAGAAUAUCCCUUUGAUCUUGAUCAAAUAAUUUUCAGAAUGGUUGAUGUUGGUGGUCAGAGAUCUGAACGAAGGAAAUGGAUUCAUUGCUUUGAAAACGUCACAUCGAUCAUAUUUCUGGUUGCACUCAGCGAGUAUGAUCAAGUACUUGUUGAAGCUGGGAAUGAGAAUCGAAUGGAGGAAAGUAAAGCUUUGUUUCGAACAAUCAUCACAUACCCGUGGUUCGAUACUUCUUCCGUCAUCCUUUUCCUCAACAAGAAGGAUCUACUUGAAGAAAAGAUCGCUUACUCCGAUCUGGCCGACUAUUUUCCCCAAUUUGAUGGUCCGCCUAAAAAUGCCGACGCAGCUCGUGAGUUCAUCCUAGGCAUGUUCGUCGAACUGAACCCUAACAAAGACAAGAUCGUUUAUAGUCACUUCACGUGUGCCACGGACACGGAGAACAUUAGAUUCGUCUUCGCUGCCGUUAGAGACACUAUUUUGCAGGCGAACCUCAAGGAGUAUAAUCUGGUCUAGGAGCUAGGUACUGGUUCUUGCACCGUCGACAAGGGGACCCCUUUGCGCCGAACUGCAGUAUGCGGCUCUCGCUUAGAAGCGGCCCGCAUGCCGCCAAACCUAUCUGCACUGCUUGCAAUACGGAUAUCCCCAUACGAACCCUAAUUUUGGUUUUUGGCUAUAGACAACGCGUCUUAAUCGCACCGAACCUGGAAGCCAGCUAUAUCGUUGGUGAACGUUGUUGGAUAGUACCCCAAUACCGAACUUACGCCCUCGACCAUAUUACGUCGCAGUCACUUUUUCAUUAAGACUUAACCGUAUUGCGCGUAACACUAAACACCUCAUACCGACAGCUCCAUCACAACAAUGGAAAUAGGCCUGGUCGUUCUGCAGUUCUUGACAAUUUUGAUGCCUCGAAUGACAUAACCAGUCAAUUGCCGUUGCCAUUUCCUUCUAAUGUGAACUUAAAUUACUAGUUUACUUACAUAUUAAUAAUAUAUAUGUAUUAUAUAUAUAUAUAUAUGUACAAGGUUAAAAUUAUAGCUCUAUAUUGUGGUACUAACUGAAUAGAGACACGUCGAAAAAACGACGUUUUUGUUUUUUUCGAUAAUGAAAUGAAGUUAUCGUUGUUUUUAUCUAAAUUAUUGCGCAAUGUCCCUCUUGGUAUCAUGUUUAUUCGACACUAGUUCGAAUUUUUUAUGUUUAUUUUUUCCGGCGUGGGUGUUCAAGCAGUAUGCGUGAUCGUGCUGCUGUCAUAUUAUUAUCGGCGUUGCAAAUCGUCGACAUCUCGUCCAAAAAUAGGCUAUUCCAGUAACACGUUCCGCCGCUAUUUCAAACCCCUAAACAGGAUACUCGAAAUGCUGUUUCGGCUUAUUCUUGCCUUAAAUUGCGUGACCGGCGUAACUUUCUCAUAACCACAGCUCUAAGCGACAAUAGCAGGCCAUACUGUCACAUUUUCUUAACUGUUAAGUAUUUCGCAGCAAACCAUGUUACUGUAUUAACUCCUGGACAAUGUUACAACUUCUAUUAAUUGUUAUUGAAAGGCGAAACUGAGAUGUGCAUUCCCAAAUGUAGCGACUUUUCCGACUGCUCGUUAACAUUGCGUCGACAAGGACCUGUACAUAAAAGGCGCUUUUUUCCUAAUAGGGUUUUCUCCUUUGUCCACUUACAUGUUUUCAUCCCGUAUACUCGUGCUGGGCGUGGUUGCCAGACUUAUAGCCCUUCCUUGUCACCGCGUUCUGGUUCACACCUUCGCAACUUAUAACUAACCCAGUUCUCCACUUUAAGAGUAAUUUCCCGGUUUUUCGCAACUCCCAGGCAAAUUUUAUUGAUUCUGUAAAAUUGUUAUCGCGCCGUUUCAAAGAAAAUACAAUUACCACAGGAACAAUGUUAAUGCACGUAA